AUGCGCUCGGCGGCGGUGGCACCGGCCAUACCUGGAAAAGUUAGUUGCUUGUUGGUGGUGCGUGCAGUCGAGUCGACUCGAGCGAGUGCACAGUCGUCAAAGUCAAAUCGCGCGCUCGUCACCGAUCUCGCUUUUGUACGAUUGCAGCGUGUGCUGUACGCGUUGUUCGUCUUGCUCUCGACUCUCGGGUUCAUCUUCGUAGUUGGCUACCGUGACAUUGGUCCUCGCUUCGCCGGCGUGCGUUGCAUGUCACUCGUUGAGCGUUGUUCACUGCCGUUGGAUUACGAGGAUGCGAGCCAGCGCGACGGCUUCAACCUUACGGUGCGCGUCAGCGACGGCCGUUUCAGCAGCACGGCUUUUGUUCACCUGCGCCUCAUGGAUGAGAACGACAACGCGCCCGAGUUCGUCCAGCCGAAACAGGUCAUCAGCGUCAACGAGGACACGCCGGUCGGCACGAACGUCACGUCGUUCACGGUCGUGGACCGAGACACCGGUGACGAUAUUUUCGAGUACGUGUUUGUUCGUUUUGUGGUUGUGGUGCGCGGCGAUCAUCAUCGUGUUGUAAAACGUUAUACCACUCCUCGGUGGACACUGCACCGUCGGCGCCGGCCACUUCACGUCGAUCGUGCCGCCGCCGCCGCCGCCGUUGCUGCUGCUGCUGCUGUUGCUGCAGCCGCCGCCGCCGCCACCGCCACCCCUUAA